AUGAGUUCGGGCAACCCAUCUGAUGAUAUACGGGCCAAGAGACUUGCUCGGCUUGUCAGCCAGCCAGCGCAACCCCGUGUUGUCACUGAAACGCCCAAAGCACCCAUUGAAUUAGCUGAAAGGGCUGGAACACCCAAAAAAGUGGAUCAGCCACCAGCAGCGGAGCCAAUUCCAGCGCCGCCAGUGGCCCCAGCGUCUGUUCGUGAACCUGUUCAAGAAUCUUUGGAGGUAUGGACCACUAAACAAUUAGAAAACAUUCUAGAAGUGACCCUGGACUCGGAAAACACAAAGCUUCGCUUUAUGGAAUCAACUUAUACAGAGCUGGUAUCCGAAGACCGCGAUCCGGUUCUGAAUAAGGAGCUCAUCGACACCGUCUUGCUUGAGCUUCUUACCGAACAAGGACUCGGAAGUUCACCACUGAAAUACCUCCAGAAUGCAUGGUCUCGCGCCGUUAAAGCAAAAAGGUCAGUGAAGACCACAGACCCGCUAAGAAAGCAGAAACUGGAGGUGCUGGACGAGGUGGUGAGACUUACUACCAGCUACGGAGUUUUCUGUUACCAGCUUCCCUCGUUAUUUGUGGACGAGCCACUGUUGCUCAACACGGUUGACUCGUUGCACCAGGGUGUGGACGAAUUGGCUGAUUUUUUGAUUGAAAUGGUGAACAGAGCGGUCGCGAAUGACUCCUUGGAUGAAUUUUUGGAGGCAAUAGUGCCUCCAUUGUGUGCAAAACUCUACAACAUGGACCUCAACAGCAGGGAGUAUCUCAAAAUGGUGACUGUGUUCCAAUUACUGCUUUCUGAGAAGGCAGUGGCCCAGAGUUUCCAUCUGAUCCCGGGGUUUCAUCCUGAUGGAAUUGCUGCUCCCGACUUUGAAAGACUCACAUUGCUCGGUCCCCUUUUCCGAAUCUCGCCGCUACUGUCUCAAGUUUCUCACGAGAACUACAAGGGCGAGCAGACAAAGAUUCAACUCAAUGUGAUCCACGAAUCUUUGCAGGCCGAACAUAAGUUUCUCAUAGAUAGGCUCUUUUUCAUCUCUGACAAGCUGGUUAGAGGUGGUGAGGCUUCCAGAAAGGCUUUUCUGGGAUACCUUGCUGAUAUAGUGAACAAAAACCAUCUCAGAAGAGGUGAACAAGCAAACCCAGCCGAUGUGGCAUCCAAUUCAUUCAUGUUCAACAUCUCAAUGGUGUUGAUCAGGCUUUCGGAGCCUUUUCUGUCCGCCAAUUCUCUCAAGAUCGACAAGAUCGACCUGGAUUAUUUAGCUAAGAACAAGUUGAUUGACUUGAAGGACGAGACUAGACUCUAUGCUACUCUUCCCGAGGCUCACGAAUACUAUGAGAAGAACAAGUCUGAGGCCACUCCCAACUUCAUAUCCGACUGUUUCUAUCUGACACUCAGCUAUCUCAACUACGGAAUUGGAGGCAUCAUCACCUACGAGAACAGGAUUAAGUCUGCGCUCAAACAGAUAAAUGCCCAGCUAAAGCAGAUGGAAAAUGCCAUAUCGAAGUCGGCGAAUCCAAUGGUCGAACAGAUGAUGCGUGUUCGUCUCGACCCUCUUAAGAAGAAGCAGGAACACAUGCGAGCCGAGAAGAAUGCCAUAGACAUGGUAUUUUCCAACCGUGAUCUGCAACUCGAAGUGUUUGAUGCUGUGGCCGGUGCAUGUGCGUUUUUAAUGCGGCUGAUUGACCCGGGUCACUUGUACCCAAAAUCCCCGUUGAAGAUUCCUUUUGUCAAUCUCGACGAUAGUGUGGGGAAGAUGGACGAUCACGAGUAUUUGCGAACUCUUGCUCCCGAGCCGUUCAAGUACUAUCCGGAGUUCUUAGUUGAGGGUAUCGUGAACUAUUGCCAUUUCAUAUCACGUUACAACAACCAGCCUCUGGUGUACAACAAGAGACUCGACACGUUUGUACAGUUUACGGUUGUUCUCUUGAGAUGUCCAGAGCUGAUGCACAACCCACACUUGAAGGCUAGACUGACUGAGGUGCUCUUUUUUGGAGCCUUGCAGACUCAGGAUAAGAGACCCGGAUUCAUGAUGGAUAUAUUUACCGGAGACGCGCUAGUUUCGCAGAACUUGAUUAUGUCUCUGUUGGAUUUCUACGUGAUGGUGGAGAGAACGGGUGCCUCGUCUCAGUUCUACGACAAGUUCAACUCAAGAUAUCACAUUUCCGUAAUUUUGGAACAGUUGUGGACGUUUCCACAGCAGCGCGAGGGCCUCAAGAAAACCACAAAGAAUGUCGACUUCUUUGUCCGUUUCGUGGCCAGAAUGCUCAAUGAUACUAGGUAUCUUCUUGAUGAGUCUCUCAGCAAGCUUACUACUGUGGGAACAGUUCAGCGUGAGAUUGAGGCCCGUGCUAGAGGAGAGCAGCCCACACUCGAAGAUACAGACGAAGAGCUAGCCACAAACCUCACGACAGCCGAAGAUCAGACCAAGUCAUACAUGCAAUUGUCCAAUAAGACGAUAGAGCUAUUUGCUUUGAUGACAGCAGAGACGCCCGAGUCUUUUGUGAUUGAAGAGGUCGUUGACCGUUUGGCAGGAAUGCUGGACUACAAUCUGGCAGCAUUGGUGGGCCCUAAGUGCCGUGAGUUGAAGGUGAAGAACCCUGAACAGUACCACUUCAAGCCUCGCGAUUUGUUAUACAGGUUGUGUUCGAUCUAUAUCAAUUUGUCUGGCCAGGAACGAUUCGUUCUGGCUGUUGCCCGGGACGCGAGAUCCUUCGAUGUGCAAUAUUUCAAGAAGGCGGUGUCGAUUUUGUCACGGUACCAAAGUUCGUCUUCGCCAGCUUUCCUGGAUUCUCUUAUCAAAUUCUCGGGAGAUGCCCAUAACGCUCUCGUGCAAGACGAGCAAGACGAGCAGGAGCUGGGAGAGAUCCCAGACGAUUUCCUAGAUCCACUGAUGUACACGCUUAUGACCGACCCGGUCAUUCUACCGGGAUCCCACGUUACGAUAGACAGAUCCACUAUCAAGGCACAUCUUUUGAGUGACCCUACAGAUCCGUUCAACCGUCUUCCUCUCAAACUGGAGGACGUUGUGGAUGAUGUUGAGAUGAAGCAAAAGAUCUUUGAGUUCAAGCGUGAGAGACGCGCUGCCAAGCUGAGUGAAAAAGAUGGUGAUGGGGAUGUCAAGAUGGAGUUAUGA